AUGUCGGUAAAGGAGGAAUCCGUUACGUCGUCCAGGGCACGUUCGUCGUCGCUGUCGAGUUGCAGCUCCGAGUCACGAGUCUCGCGGACAGCAUAUCGAUCCCAGUCUUGCGGCACCGCGAAAACGCGGUCUCGGUCGAGAUCGGUUCGCAGCACCCCGCACGGCGAUCGAGUCCUGUAUUCGGGGAGACAUCUCGACGACCAGUCCGUCUACCAUAGCGAUGACGACGCCAAGGGUGACGACGAUGUAGAUUCGGACUUGUCUGGUGAUGGACCUGUGCUGGAGGUCCGAGGCGGCAUUGUCAAUGAGCGAGAUGUCGAUUUGGAAGCGAACCAGCAACCCACGUCGGAACUGGAAAAGUCCAAGACAGGACGGUCAGAUCGAUCUCGCCAGGAUCGCACUCUAGUAACCUGGAAUGGACCGGACGACCCGGAGAAUCCCAAAAACUGGUCAACGAAGAAGAAAUGGGCGGCAGUCCUCACCAUCUCCUCGUUCACAUUCAUCUCCCCCGUCACCUCGUCGAUGGUUGCCCCUGCUCUGCAGGCGAUUCGAGAGGACUUUCAUAUCAACGAUGAGGUCGUCUCUCAGCUUACGCUGUCGAUCUUCGUCUUGGCAUAUGCCGUCGGUCCGCUGUUCCUGGGACCUCUGUCCGAGAUCUACGGCAGGGUCAUUGUUCUCCAGCUUGCCAACCUGUUUUAUCUCGUGUUCAACAUCGCAUGUGGCGUCGCCCAGACCAAGGUGCAGAUGAUUGUCUUCCGUUUCCUCGCCGGUCUCGGCGGAAGCGCUCCACUAGCCGUCGGCGGAGGGGUCCUCUCAGACUGCUUCAGAGCCGAAGAGCGCGGCAAAAGCAUCGCAAUCUACAGUCUAGCCCCGCUCCUUGGCCCAGCAGUCGGCCCUAUCUGCGGCGGCUUCAUCGCCGAAUACACGACCUGGCGCUGGGUGUUCUACUCGACGAGCAUCGUCGACGGCGCCAUCCAAAUCGCCGGCCUCUUCUUCCUGCGCGAGACCUACGGCCCCAAGAUCCUCCGCGCGCGGGCUAAGAAAAUACGCAAAGAAACCGGUGACGCCUCCUUUCAGACCGAAGCCGAGCGCCAGAACAAAACCCUGCUCCAAGUCCUCCGCACCGCGCUCAUCCGCCCUUUCCGUCUACUCACCACCCAGCCCAUCGUGCAAGCCCUCGCCCUCUACAUGGCCUUCAUCUACGGCACCAUGUAUCUGGUGCUGUCGACCUUCCCCACCCUCUGGACCAGCCCGCAAUACUACAACGAAUCCACCGGCAUCGGCGGGCUGAACUACAUCUCGCUGGGGCUGGGCUUCUGGCUCGGCUCGCAGAUCUGCGCCCCGCUCAACGACCGCAUCUAUCGCCGGCUCAAGGCGCGCAACAACGGCACGGGACGCCCGGAAUUCCGCGUGCCCCUGCUGUAUGUCGCAGCUUUCAUCACCCCGGCCGGACUCUUCAUCUACGGCUGGACGGCGCAGAAACAUUGCCACUGGAUCGCGCCGAAUAUCGGCGCCCUGCUCUUCGGCAUGGGCAACAUCGUCACGUACCAGUGCAUCCAGACGUACUUGGUAGAUGCGUACACGCGGUUCGCGGCGAGCGCGCUGGCGGCGGCGGCGUUUUUGCGCUCGCUGGCGGGCUUCGGCUUCCCGCUGUUUGCGCCGUACAUGUAUGCGGCGCUGGAUUACGGGUGGGGGAAUAGUCUGUUGGCGUUUAUUUCGAUUGCGCUGGGGGUGCCGGCGCCGGUGUUUUUGUGGAAGUUUGGGGGGAAACUACGGAAGAUGAGUCCGUAUGCUGCUGGUUAG